AUGGAUUUUGUCACCGGAAUCUUGGAGCACUUGGAGUCCCCCCAACAGAGCUUGAAUCUCCAUCAUCUCGUGAUCCAAAACUGGAUCGUGUUCCAGAGGAACACCUUUGAUUACAUUGAUGAAGAAGGGGAUCCGUUCAUUAGCCAGAUGUUCCUGAUUGAAGCCUCAACGGGGCGUUACAUCCAUAGGGCUCAAGGCCAGAAGGUGGAUCACGGGGUCACUUUAGAUAUUGGCUUAUUGCUCAGUAAAUUGUCAGAUGUGUUUAGUGCGAGUAGGGCGUGUCAGGGAUUUCCCAUUCAUGAUGUGGCCAUUGAUAUGCAGACUUCCAAAGUUCUGGACUAUCCUUACAAAAGACGUGUGUCCAAAGAUUGUCAGUUUGUCUUUCACGUUCCCUCAUUAAAACCAGACGAGGAUGAGACUCAUGCACGAGAUAGUGUAAGCACAUGUCCUUCUUGUCUGGAGGCGUGGCAAGACAUCGAAGCCAAAAAAGAGUCUUUCCAUAAGGCUCCUGGUUUGCUUCCAGACGUCGAAGAAUCCAAUCCAAUUGGUUUAAAAAACGGAGAUGAAGAGAUGGAUCGCAAUGAUGAAAGUGGAGAAGGUCUGGAUGAGCUUGGACCAAUGGAUUGCGAAACUGGGCCUUUGGAGGACUCGGAUGAUCUUUGGGCGGUCAAGACGAGGGCCAAACGAAGAUCUCGAGUCAAAAAGAUCGAAGAAACCAUUGAAGAUAAGAUGUUCGACGAUGUGAAUAACGUCGGCAAGAUUUGGCGGUGUAGCUAUUGCUCUGAGAGCUUCAAAUCCCAGGCCAUGUUGAAGAAGCAUCGGAUCGAGCGGGAGCAGAAACGUCGGAAAGUGGGUUGCCUGGAAUGUCGGGACAAUAGUGAGAUUAUCACGUUCAAGCAACUAGUCGAGCACGUGACCCGAGUUCAUCCGGACAAGCUUGACCAAUAUCGGAAGUAUUUCCCGCUGGAUCAGAACGUAGAGAAGAUGAACGAUCCUCGGCAGUGUUCCACUUGCAACUACGUGAGCAAUGGGAGUGUCAUGAAUUACCGACAUCGAGAGCUUCAUCACGAACUGGGCGAUUACCGCUGUGAACCCUGUGGAGUGCCGUUGUUGACCUAUUAUGACCUGAUGAUCCACAAUUAUCAGAAGCACGAGAAAGCCAUGGAAUAUAUCCAACCUAGUUCAUUCGCUUUGGAGGUGAUCACCCAUAAGGAUGGAAAAGUGGAGUACAAGAAGACCCAGCACUUGUGCCCGCUUUGUCCCAAGGUGUACCAGAAGAAAACGGCUCUAUUUCGCCACAUGAGGAGCAAACAUUCUUGGGGCAUGUUUGACUGCAAGGCUUGCCGAGAAUCUUGUCACUUCACCAGGGACAUUUCUGCUCACAUGGUCCAUUUUCAUAGCGAAGAUCCUACCAUAAAGUGUCCCAAUUGUCUGGAAGUGUUCUCCUUGAAACAAGAUCCCCAGCUGUUCAACACCCAUUAUCAAACUUGUGUGCCUGGAACCUACCAAAAAGGGUCGUUCCAAUGUCAGAUCUGCGGCAAGAAGUAUUCAGCCAAGCAAACUUUGGACGCUCACAUCAAAAUGCAUCAAGGCAUCAUCCGCUACAAAUGUCACUAUUGCGACUAUGGCUCCAAUCACAAGGCCGUGUUGAUGGAACACGAGAAAAUGCAUUUGCGAAAACAGGGAUUGACCAAUGAGAGCAGUGGUCUGGUUCUGACACAUCAAUGUGAUCAGUGCGGAAAACAGUUUGGUAGUCGAAGUGAGGUCCAUCGUCAUGUGCGAGUCGUUCAUGAAGGCAUCAAACCCACUUUUAGGUGCAAAGCGUGUGGCGAGUUUGCCAAGAACUCGUGGGCGCUCUCCAAGCACAAGCGAGAAAAACACAAGACUUGA